AUGAACAUCCCUACAUUCGAAUACUACCGUUCUGAAAUUGCUGUUGCAGACCGAAAGGCUUUAGCAUGGGUCGACAAUAUUCCCAAACAAAAGUGGACUCAAUCACAUGAUGAUGGUCGACGAUGGGGCCAUAUGACAAGUAACUUGGUAGAGUCACAAAACAACGUGUAUAAGGGUAUUCGAGGACUUCCGAUCACAGCUAUCGUGAAAGCAUCAUAUUACAGGUUGGCGGCCUUGUUUGCUAAAAGAGGACAUGAGGCAGCGGCAAGGGUAAAUUCUGGUGAGCCAUUCUCUGAAAACAGCAUGAAAUAUCUCAGGAAUGAGGUGAUUAAAUCCAACAGUCAUCAUGUCACUCAGUUUGACCGGGAUCGAUAUACCUUUUCCGUCCGUGAAACCAUCGAUCAUAAAGAAGGAUUGCCAAAGGGAGAAUACAAAGUGGACCUGCAAAAUAAAUGGUGUGACUGUGGACGGUUUAGAGCGUUACACCUACCAUGCUCACAUGUCAUUGCCGCAUGUUCUAGCUUUUGUCACGACUACAAGACUUUUGUCGAUAACAAAUUCACGAAUGAGUGUGUAUACGCCGUAUACAACAUCCACUUCGACGUGGUUCACCACCAGACAUAUUGGCCUAAUUAUGAAGGACCGAAGGUGGUUCCCAACAAGUCAAUGCGUAGGGCAAAGAAAGGUCGUCCACCAAUUACUCGCAUUAGGACCGAAAUGGACGAUGUGGAAACUGAGAGAAGAUGCGGUGUUUGUAGGAUGCCUGGUCAUUCCCGCAAAGAUUGCAUCAAUAUUAGACAUCAGUAG